AUGGCAGAUGCAUGGAGAGAAGAUCAAAUAGCUAUAUUCCAUGAAGCCUUUGACGUUGUUGACAAGGAUUCUGACGGAUUCAUUACUGUGGACGAACUGAAAUCCAUUAUCCAAUCUUUAGACGGAAACCCAACAAAAGAAGAAAUUCGAGAAAUGCUAAGAGAAGUUGAAAUUAAUGGGAACGGGAGUGUAAAUUUUGAAGAGUUCUUGAAUAUCAUGGGAAUGACAAUGGAGGAGAAUCUGACUGAGGAGCUAAAAGACGCGUUCAAAGUAUUUGACAGAGACAAUGAUGGAUAUAUAUCAGCUACUGAGCUGAGACACGUAAUGAUGAAAUUGGGAGAGAGGCUAACAGAGGAAGAAGCUAAACAAAUGAUUAGAGCAGCAGAUAUGGAUGGGGAUGGUCGAGUUAGCUAUGAAGAAUUUGCAAAGUUGAUGAUGCAACGUUGA